UUGAAUUCGAAUCUCAUCGUGCUUUGCUCGCUCCUGCGAAUUGCCGUCGCUUGUGUCCCAAUUCUUAAUCGUCCAUUGUGUCUGGCACCAACAGGAAUGCAUGGCCAAUCCCCUGUGUACUCUUUAUUCUUUUCUGAUGGUUUUUCGGAAUUUUCCUCCAUGGUAGGUUAGUUGCUCUGGUUUGAAUUGGACGGGAAAACGAGGAACUACGCAUUUGGCUGUGAGCGAUGGAGCGCUCCACUAACGAGACCAGUUGUGGAAGUGGCGCCUCACUUACUGGAGUUCAGUUUGGAAAGGAUCUUGGAGAGCUUGUUAAGCGCAUGGAUGUUUGGAGCUCUCAGGUUGAAAAUGUGUUACGUGACUCUACUGCGACUACAGCUUUUAUUCGGGCUUCUGCGCAAGAGGACGUGAAGGAGGUGAUGGGCCGUUUAACGAACUUGGAUGCCGAAGAUCAUUUCAUCAGAAAAGUAAGGGACGCGCAGCAAGAAGAGAUCAUCAAGUGCGAGCAACAAACUAAUGAGAUAUACAGGACUCUAGAAGACCUUCAUGAGCAUACAACUAAGUUGUUUCAGCUGAAAGCGGAUCGAGAAGCACUUAUUUCCAAGUCUUUGUCAGAUAUCACAGAUAAGCUGAGUCUCAGGAAGCAAAAAGUGAAGGCAUUGCAUGAAGCUACUGGAUGGUACAAACGACUACUGAGUUUGCGUUGCGAGUACUCGGAUGCUGUAAAGUUCAUCUUCACCAAUGUGGAUCCCCGUGACCCUGAUCGAGUGUUCAGUUUCUCCAUCCGCUUGCACAAAAGUACAGGCUCUUGGACGAUGGUUGAUUGUAACCCCUGGGUGGGAGCAUCGGCGAGUUUUGUUGAAACGCUGAACAAGAACAAUGAAUUGUCACGGUUCGUGAGGUCCAUGCGUCGGGAAUUUGAAGUACUUGCUGUUAGAUUUAGGUUUUUAGUGAAAUGAUACGUCCUCUCUUUUUUUUUUUCUUUUCUUUUUUUCUUUUUUUGACGCCGUAUCAAUUGUGUACGCCUCACUCAUUAUGUCACAGUUAUGUCUCUGAUCAUUUUGUAGCAUUUCAUUGUAGGAUUGAAUUGCUGUGCGUAGUUCUACUAGAAGUGUGUUAUGGGAGGGUAUACAAUAGAUUUUUUCUCGUCACUGCUCUUGUAAAUAUUGAGUCUACAGAGAUACAUUUUCAUCUGUAACCACAAGCUCUGUUCAACGUUCGUGAAAGAAUUCUUCAGUUUGGUUGAUUGAUACUUCCUUACGA